AUCAUUUUGAACUCCAUGCACAGAUACCAGCCGCGUUUUCACGUGGUCUACGUGGACCCCCGAAAAGACAGCGAGAAAUAUGCGGAGGAGAACUUCAAAACCUUCGUCUUCGAGGAGACACGUUUCACAGCCGUGACCGCCUACCAGAACCACAGGAUCACACAGCUGAAGAUCGCCAGCAACCCUUUUGCCAAGGGAUUCAGAGACUGUGACCCUGAGGACUGGCCCAGGAACCACAGGCCAGGGGCUCUUCCUCUCAUGAGUGCUUUUGCCAGAUCCCGGAAUCCAGUCUCUUCCCCGGCCCACCAGAAUGGGACAGAGAAAGAUGCUGCCGAGAGCCGGCGGGACUUCGAGCGGGAGGCGGGCGGGACGGGGCUGCACCAGGCGGAGGCCGCGCACCAGCAGCUCAUGUCCCGCGUGCUCAGCCCCGCGCUGCCCGGCGGCCCCGGCGGGCUGGUGCCGCUGUCCGGGCCGGGGGGCGGCCGGCCGAGCCCCCCGCACCACGAACUGCGCCUGGAGCCCGCCGCGUCCGAGCCGCUGCACCACCACCCCUACAAGUACCCGCCGGCCGCCUACGACCACUACCUGGGCGCCAAGAGCCGGCCCGCGCCCUACCCCCUGCCCAGCAUCCGCGGGCACGGCUACCACCACCACCACCACCACCACAUGAACGCGGCGGCCGCGGCCGCGGCGGCCGCCAACAUGUACUCGCCGGCCGGGGCGCCCGCGGGCUACGAGUACGGACCGCGGUAACGGGGCCGCGGGACCGGCCCCACACGGACACCGCCCGCCGCCCUCGCCUCCCGCCCCUCCAGCCACCCGAUAGGCCGGCGCCACUUGAUUGACAGCUGCAGCGCCCAAUCGGCGGCGGCCGGGCCCACGCGGGCCGUGAGGGGCCGGGGCCGCCAUCGCGGACAGAGCCGUGAGGGCGGCGGUGCCGUCGCGGGGUGACCCGCCCGUCGGGGGCCGUGAGGGCGGCGGUGCCGGGGCCGCCAUCGCGGAGAGACCGCGGCUGCACUUUGAUAAAUGAAGCCAUAUGUCCUUAUCUCCCGGCGCCUCCGCCCGCGCCGGGCACCCAGGCCGGGGGCGGCCGGGCAGCGGCGGGAGGGCGGGGAGCGGCGGCGAAGCGGCUCGUGCCCGGUCGCUCGGCCGCGGGUGUCCGAGGGCGGUGCGGGGGUGCCGCGGGGCCAGUCUCUCCCACCUGGGCACACCGAGGCCUCGUUCGCGGGUGGCUCAGGUGGUUCUUUGAGGGCAAGGGAACGCUUGGGAUCCUCACUGCCAGAACAGAUUUCCCACUUCUCCUCCGGCCCUGACCCUCCCGUGAGUUUUGGGGUUCACGGGGGUGCCUUAACCACAACAGCACUUUCUGGAGCUGUUGAGAAGGGCCCGUGGCCAAGAGGACAGCCACGUACGUGUGUCUUGUUUUCACAACAACAGAUGCAAAGGUUUAAAAAGCAGCCGGGGGGGGGUGGUACCUGCAGGGUUUAGGCUGUGUGUUCUCACCCCCUUCCCAGGCAGCCCCACACUCCUGCCUUCCUGCGUCCCUUCCCGAGCUCUUGAUACUCUCCUGUGGAGGUGCCUUUUAGAGGGACUUCAGGGUUUUUUCUCAGUCUGCCUCACCCCUUAUAUUUGGCUGACCCAAACUGCAGUAAUCCCAAAGCACCCGUUCUACAUCUACCUGCUUCCUGCAUCUCCCCUCUUAAUGCUGGUAAGUACUUUUUUCUUCUUCCUUUAAUAUCCUCCUUCAGUAGUCGUUCGUUGCUGUUGAAGGGAUGGCCCUGUUCAUCACAGUUUCUCCGGUGAUGUGUUUGGAGAAGUUGGUUUCUGUUUUCAGAUGCUCACCGAAGGCAGUCUCUUUGUGUUCAGAGAAGGUUUUGAGCAGCUCCUAAGCUGUGUUGGUAUACAGUAUUAUGAACACUUUUCUGAUUCUUCCAUGUGACUCUAUGAAAAGAAGGGGUUUAUGUUUUUUUAAAGUCCUCUAUUCACCCAUGUUUGUGCAUUUUCAUUACAAACCCUUUAUAACGUGUUCUUUCCCUUGUGCAGGUGGCAGUGUUAAUAGCAAUGUUUAUUUUGUCUCUGGCAGUGGGCUUUGGGCUUCCAAAACUUUUUCGAAGGGUUUAAGAAGGGAUACAGGCUACCAUUAAUAUUUUGUGUAAUUUUUUUUUCUGUUUAAAAAAAUAUAUCUGGAUCCAUGAAAAAGUCUUGUGCAAGAAAUAUGUAUUUUAUUUGAUAUUUGCAGUGAAUUUUGAGGUUCUUAGUGUCUGACUAAACCAUAAUUAAUGUUCUCAGAAAGGUUGAUGUCAAACAGCCUUGUGCUUAUUAUUAGUCAGUGGGAAAUGGCUCUCGGAUGUGCUCUAUUGCUUUGCCGCUGUUAUUUCAGAGUUUUCACUAUGAUUUGUUAUCUGUAAACUGAUUAGUGCCAAAGCUUUGGUCAAACGUUUAAUGAAGUUGUUAUAUUUAUUAUUUCUUUCAAAGAUUAUGCAAACACUUUUUUUUCUUAAUAGUUGGAGCAUAGGAAAAAAAGUGAAGACAACCAAAGAAAUCAUAUCUGCAAACAGUGUAGAUACAUGUAGAUAUUUGUAGAUAUAUGUAGAUAAUCUUAUUUCAUUUAAAUUGAAAAGACAUUGGACAGUGACAUUUAUAAAUAUUUUUCCUCUUCUUUCUUUCCUUCACUUCUUGUUUGAUUAUUUGUGUAUAUUUGUCAGUUUGUCUGCUCUGAAGUAUAAACCUCCCCUACAAAAUGAGGUCAUUUAAAUAAGGAGGGAUUUUAGUGUGAGCAAACAGUGACUCUCCUAGGUCAUUCCUCCCUCCCUGCUGUCCCUGGUUGCCCCAGCUGCGCGUGGUUGUGGUGACCUGUCACCACCCAACAGCUUGCAAGGUUGGGGUUCCCAGGUGGAAACAGAUCUGUUUGUUUUGGUAAGCACUGUUUUCUUUAAACACACCGAGAGCAACCCAAGGUGCCAGGACUAAGCUGUGCUCUUACCAAAAGUGGCUCAAGGUCCUUGUCUUGACUGUAGGAAUUUUAAUUUUCUCUUUGUUGGAAGAGAAGAUCACAGAUCCUCAACCCAUGGCUGUGGGCAGUGGGCCCUUUAGGAUCACUGGUCUGUCCUCUGUGCUAAAGAUCCACUACAGAAGUCCUGGGGCUGAAUGGGAAGGGGGGAACCGGCAGCUGUGUCAAGGCUACAGUCUGAACUAUGAAAAUGGUACUUCCAGCCUUGCUUUUAGGCCAUGAACAUGCAAGGUCCUUAGAUAUAUUAGCAUGAAACAUAUUAGCAGUCCGUUUCUUCUCAUGUUUUAAUCCUUAAAUCAAGAUUCCUUGGGACUUUGACUAGUGUCCCUCCUUCCAUUGCUGUGCCCAUCUCAUGGAAGGAAGUGUUACAGAUAUGGAAAGCAAAAAGGGUUAUUUUUCUAUCACAACAAAAAAUCUCCUUCAAACAAACACAAACCCCAUAACUGCACAUUGACCAGUAGAAGCGUUUUGAAAGUCACAGAAAAUGUGUAACACUUUAGUUUCAGAUUGGUCACCUGUCAGCCAGUUAGUGAAAACAUAGUCAAGCCUUAUCUGUGUAUUGCAGAUUCAUUUGGCAAAUGACUUUGUAUGAUUUGCUUACAUGUCUGGUUAAACUUCACUCAGUACACACUGUCACCAGGGCCCACAGCACAUUUUUGGGAAGAAGGCGGCACUAUUUCCAGACAAUGCUUCCACUUGUGUCACCUCAAGUCACACGGAACACGGUGUUUGAAAGCUGCUGGUAAAACAGGCCCAAGCACGGAGGGUACAAGCACCCUUUGUCUCUUCCAAACAGGGCUAGAGAAUAAAUUAGCCACGUAGCUCUAUUUUCCAGAGGUACACGCUGAGUUUACUGAUUGCUCCAGAGGUCUGAAAACCGCAUCGCUUAGCUCAGUGGAUAAAUACAGGAGUAGGCUGGUGAAACAAGGGCGGCUUUGGUUUGAUCACUUACCCCAAACACAGUUUUCAGAAACGGCUUUUUGCUGUUGUUGGUUUUAUUUUUUCCAUGCUAGUGGAUCUGACUAACUUCAGUGUAGGAUAGGAGGAGCAUGGGGAUGAGACUUGUGUGUGCUUGUGGUGGUCAUGCACACUGUUUACACACUUCAUGGAUAUUCAGUCUUUCCUCCUCUUUGGGGAAAUCCCAGAAGUGCUUUGGCUAGAACUGUGAAGGUGGUCCCCAGCAGAUCCCUCUCAGCAUCCUGGGGUGUUGGCAUCUCUUCAGUCAGUCCCAAGCACAUGUACAUAUGGCCAUGGCUAGGGGAGUAACUGCUUUGGCUUCUUUCGUGGGACAGUGUGUCUAAGAGUUGCUUGCAGAGUGGAGAAUGACUCGAGGACUGCAGUAAGCAUAAAAAGGUGUUCUGCAGGCACCAGGCUGCUGGGGCACUGGGGGUCUGCCGUGAGCUAGGGGCUCGCAGUGCACCCCUCCAGAGGAGCUGUGGCUCAGGGCCCCCUCGGCUGGAGUGCUGUCCUUCCCCCCAGACAGACCUCCUGCUGUCCAGUGAGUGCAUGUCAGCCCGUGGCACCGGAUCCCUCACCGAGGGGCAGUCACUCCUCCAUCUGGACUGGAAGGAAUAAGAAGAGCAGGUUCGGUCGUGCUGUGUAAUGUUCUGCCAGUGUAAAGUAGCCACUGGAAGCGAGUUAGGCACCCACAGGUUAGGGUUGGGGGUGGAAGGUGAGCCCUGCUGCCCGGAGGAGUCAGGAGGAGCAAACGCAGCAGUACCUGCAGAGCAGGUUUCAGCACCUUCAGCCGAGGAGCUCCAAAAGCUGCCGUGAGCCCGUUGAACUGGGCUGGAGGGGGCCGAGCGUGUGUGCCACGGCCGUGCUGCUGCUCGGUGCUCUGCCCUCGCUCGUGUACCUGCUGGGCUGCAAGAAAGGCGGUUUCGCUGCAGCACGUCUGGGGCCGCGGGGGCUCCGGGCGGACCCGCCGUCCGUGCGACACUGCCAGUGCAGGCGGGGAGGCCCUGGUGUGCCCCGGGUCAGCCGGGGCCCCGCGGGUACCGGGCAGGACUCACCCCGAGGAGGAGGAUGCUGCGCUCGCUGCGGCCCGCCCUGCCUGAAGAGCCGGCUCCCUCCAGAGGGAAGAGCCGGGCAUGGCACGCCGUGGGUCCUGCCCGCGCGGAAAACCAGUCCUGGGAGAGCUCUUGCACAGCUUGCGAAUACGCAAUCGGAGAGGAAAAUAUAGAUUCGUUUUAUAAAGCAAAGAAUGGAUCUUUGGGGCACGCAGGCAUAGUCGAAGAGGGGCAGUAACCUGUGAGUGAGACUCAGGCAGGAAUGGUUCAGCUGUUGCUAUAAGCUGGUGUUAGGAAGAGUCCAGUCUGCUCGUGUACAGGGCAGUACGUGUGUAUGAAUGCAACCUUUUUCUAAAUGUAUGCAUUUAUUUUCUUCAUUUAAUUAUUCUAAUUAAAUCGGUCGGUAAGAUAUUUAAUUUACACUGGUGUUUGACACAACUAGAUGACAGUGACCGUACCCCAAGAUUUCUGUUACUGCCAUUAUCAUGAGCACAGCACGUGCACAUAAAAGUGUUACAGUGGGACACUGCCUGUGGGAAUCUGGCUCGUGUAUCACAGCUUUGCAAAUCGCCAACAAUAGUGUCAUACUUUUUUUUCCUGCCCGGUAUGUUGCACACACGAUCAAUGCAAAAACGUAGAUAUACAUUAAUUUUGAAGACCACAGACAUGACACAUAUACACUGUGUGUGUUUGUGCUCUCCGAAGCCCCACUGUCUGUGUAAAGUACUGUGUGUGUUGCAUAUGCCAGAAAAAACGCACUCCUUCCCCUCCAUUAAUAGAAAUGACCUAUUAUAAAUUUACCAAAGAUACCAUAGUUUUAUAAAUUGGCCACAUAUGUCUGCGUAAUAUAUUUAUUAUAUCACAUUUCAUAGCAUUUCUGUUUUAUGAAAUUCAGCCUUGGAUUUGUCACAUAUGUUUUGCAUAUAUGUGCAAUAGUUGGCCAAGUAUAUCCGAGUAAAGUAUGAUAAAUGUGUUCUUUCCAUAUGGGAAAUUAAAUGUUUUUCCAGAUUUUAAAAAAAGCUUAUUAAGAGCAGCCUAUACAAAACAAUUACAAUAAAUCACUCACUUCUAUUUAGGUUAAAAUUACAAAUUUGAACUAGUAACAAAGUGAUUAAGAACAAAAGCCAGAAAAGUCACCUUUAGGACCUAACUGUGUAAGGGGACAGAGCUGCACAGCAGAGUCCUCCUCCCCAGAGCUUGUUGUGGGAACUGACCCGGCCGGUGCUCCCAGGGGCAGGGAAGGACACCUCGGGGCCACGCUGUGCUGGAACCUGCCUGCAGCAGGGGGCUGCACAGUGCCAGGGACUCAGAGGGACACCCCUGGGCUGGGAACUGCCAACAGGAAGUUAAAACCAGGAUAAACGACAUGUAAAAUUUCCAGAAGCACCUUUGUGGGGGGUGUUUGCAGUGCCAGUUUUGUCAGUGGUUUUAGCUUGCCUGGUGGACGGGGGCUCUGCUUUUGUGUUUGGGUUUUCACCCCUUACUUCGUGCUCCUGUUGUCCCUCGCUCUGGGGGCAGGUGAUUGGUUCCCCUUGUCCCUCGGUGUUCCAGCCUGGCUGCACUAGCAGGGCAGGGCUGUGGGGUCAGUGAGCUGUCCCAGCAGAGCAGGGCUGUGGGGUGAGCUGCCCCGAGGGAGGGAGGGCAGGGGCUGCAGCAGAGCUGUCCUGUUCCAACCCUCUGAGCAGGGCACAGGGUGGUGAGGGGUGAGUGCAGCAGCCCCUCACUGAGCACUGCCUUACACAUUGCUUUUAUUUCAGCAAAGUGAGUCUUUCAUUCUGUUCCCUUUCCUGCUUGUUGUCAACUGCUUCAAACCAGAUGGGCUCAAGAGAUAAAACUAUAAAGACUCAAUGUCUCAAUUUAGCAGGAUGCCAGGUCUGCAUGCCAUCAAAAUAUCUGAGGCAAAACCAUCUGAGCAGACAAUUCUUACCCUCAGUGUUCUGGUGAGAGCAGCCCAGACCCUUUUCCAUCACAGAGACAAUGCAUCCACGAAUCACUGGGAUCUCGAAUCAGCAGGUUUUGAAUUCCCAUCAGGACAAAUGCCAUGGCCACGUCCUCUGCCAUGUUUAAAGUUAUUCCAUAGGCCCAGCACACCCAAUUUCUUCUUACCUGGGCCAGGAUGUGUUUAUAGCAAGCAGUGGGUGCCUGGAAAAUGUACUUUGGCUUGCAUGGGAUGCCAGAGCUAUGGAGCAGAAUAACAGCCAGCAUUUAGCAUCCUCCCUAGAUUCCCUGAUCUGGACAUAGUCAGGAUCAGUCAACCCUGCUGCUGGCAGGAAAGGGAGCUCGUUGCUGUCCAGAAAGCACCAAAGGGUUUCUAUAGCUUUUCACUGCCCUCAUUUAUGUAUCCUGGGAAUAAAAACUAGGAGAAAACAGCAUCUAGCUGUAAUCUCAGUGUAAUGUAACAGCUUUUUUUCUUCCUUUUUUUUUUUAUUAUUAGAACUUCAAUUUGCAACAUAUAAUUGCUAGAAUUAUUUUUUUUUCACUGUCAUGUCACUCUUCUGUAAGAAGAUAGUUAAUACUGCUCUGGGAUGGUUCUGCAGUGCAUGUGGCUGCUUCAGGACCUCAGUCCCUCCCAGUGCUGUCCCCUGUGGCAUUGCAGCCUCUGGUGUUAUGACUCUUCAUAGCAGAGAAAUAAGUCCACACUCCUCUGGGUGAACACAGCCUUAUUUAGAGGUGUAGGCUGUGUUUCAGAGGAUUUCCUAUGUUCCAACACCUUUAAAAAGGAUGCUGGAGAAUUAAAAGCAAAUACUUCUGGAACUGAAAUGAGCUGGUGUACAAGUUUCAAAAGACAGACCUAUCACUGUAGGGUUCCACUAUUCCUGCCAUCCUUGUCUUUUUCCCCUUAGGAAUCUGGCCACUGCUGGAGGUGGUUUGCUCCAAGGCCCUUUGUGCUUUCCAGAAUCUUCAUAUCACUGAACUCAGAGGGACGAGUUGCUUCUUUGUUUUGAUUUACACCCUCAUUCCCCUUUCUCCUCCUCUUCUAAUACCAAACUGCAAAUUGAAUUCCUCUGAGGUAAGUCAGAAUAAAGCAGUGCAUAGCACUGCUGACAGGACAUACAGAUAUUGUUCAUACCAAUAAUCAGGUGAGCAAAACAUUCACAGCUAAGAGAUUAUGUUUUCAUUAUGUUUUCAUUUAAUUUGAUACUGUGACAGCUGCCAAACUCCCCCAGUAUGAUCUUAAUUCUGGAUAGUUUUCUUCAUGUUAUAAAGGAAGCCUCCAACAUGCCCCAGAAGAGUAGGACAUGGAUAAACACAGUCCAGUUUACUUGGAAAAACUACUCUAGUAGGGGGACUCAGGCUGGAAUUUCAGGAUACUGGAGAGCAACAGAACCCCCGGUGCCUUCUGCUUUAGUGAGCGCUGUCACUGCCUUGGGAGCACAGUGGUGGUGCUUCCACAUCCAGCUGUGUGUGUGUCCCAGCACUGCUGGAACAGUGUCUGGUAUCAUCCAGGCAGUCCUGUGCCAUGUUUUAUGUAACGAUCCACACCACAGACACACAGCCAGAAAAGGAAACACAUUGAUUUAGCGCUCGGUAAUCCUUGGUUAAUCCCCACUCCUUUGGUUUACAUCACUAACAUGGCUCCUGCAGUAGUCAGUGUUCUAUCUUUGUUCUUGGCAGACUGAAUUAAAGGAAAGAUUUAUUAAUUUGUAAGUUGGCUUUGUAGAUGCAUCUUAAACGUGCUAAAACCAAAAAGCAGUCCAGAAACCAGUAUUAACUUAACUAUAAAAAUCUGCCUUUUUAAACUCAAACCUUUGCAACAAUCCAAGUCAAACUGCAGAGAAUAAUUUAUUGGCUUGCUGAAGCAAUUGCAUUGCAUAAGGCUAAAUUUAACAACUGUCUCAUUGCAGGCCCCCAGCCUACUUCCUUUUUCACUCAUUACUACAAAUACAAUUAAUCUCCUCUUUCCUUGCUCAUCUACACUUAGGACUGCAAUGCUUUAUGGCUCAUGUACUGAUAAGAGAAAGGGGUUUAACUAAUGGGUUCAUUUGCAAAUAAUGUUAGAGGGUCAGAGAUCACCAUUCAUUCCAGUGGUGAUAAAUAUUCCAUGUAAUGGCUGCACAAAUGCUGGUGUUUGGGAUUUAUUUCCGUUAGUUUACGAAUGCUGGUUGCUUUCUUCCUCUCACAGUGCCAAAGACAGUGAUUCUUGGGAGGAAGCCUUUUGUAAUAAUUUAGCUGUCAUCACCUCCGCUCCUGAAUCCUUUAGACCAGGUACAGGCUAGCCCUGUUCCUUACUGGCAGGUGAGAUUCCAGAACUCACUCCAGCAGCUUAAGGUGGCUCUUCACUCACAGCCUUCCUGCUAAGCAAGUCAGCUGAAAUCUCGGGUGAUAACCAUGCUCAUGGCACAAUUGUAACGAGCUGUAAAUUAUUUUUUUAAAUUAAAAAAGUUGUUACUUUAAUAGAUGAAAUCAGACAACUGUAUUUUACAAUUAUACUCAGACAACUGUGUUUUACAGUCUAUAGCAAUAUAGACUGUCCUUCCUGUUGGAAAUCAUUCUUCUUUGGGGAAGUCCAGGUUAGUUCCUUAAGGAUAUAAAAUUUUAGAAGACUCUAAUUCACAAUCCAACAAUGGUAUUUAGGCUCAACUCUAAAUCAAACUAAUGUAGUCUGGUUGUUCAUUUCAAGGAAACUAUAAUGUGAAAGAGAAAUCUGUUUAUUGGGUGUUUAAAUAAAAUCAGUAGUGAUGUAAAGUGUUAAUGAAUUAACUGUAAUGUGCAAAAGUAUGAGCUGGAUAGUGCUUUGGUAAUGGGAAGUAUAGGAUGGGUCUGUUCUUGCAAGCAGCUCUGCAACCUGUGUCCUUCCUCUUGAAGCUGAUGAAAUUCUUUACCUCUGUGUCUGCCUGGUAGUGAGAUGCAGUUCAUGCCCUCAUUUUCAAUUUGUACUUGCAUGACUAAGUUUAUUUUUAACUCUACCUAAUCAGACAAAUAUAAAUAUUUAACUCCCAGCAAAAGGCAGUGUUAGAUGUGGCAGCACAUACUCAUCUUUAAGAGUAUCUUCCAAAGGACCUAUUCGUAAAUCUAAACAUCCCUUAUGAGUCUCCACAAUGACUUUAGACACAGACAUUGACAGUAAAUGGCAUUUUUUAGGGAAAAUAGUAUACUCCAGAAUUCCUGACUUUCAGGAGGCACGGGGUAUUAAUCCUUUCUUGCCAGGGGGCUGCCACUGUGCCAGUGCAGUGUUUGAUCAGCAGUUGUUUGCUGAGUGGCUGUAAGGUGCAGAGGUCUCUGCUCUGGGGCCCGAGGGCUCGAGCUGCAGGGGUGGCUGUGAGCUAGCCGUGCCAGGAGCAGGAGCCACGCCUUGGCACCUCAGUGUCCCUGGAGCAUCAGGUGCUCCUCACUGGCACUCAGAACAAGGGUGUGCUGAGCGUGGAGCUGCCCCAAGUGCUGCAGGUUUGCAUCAGUCAGUCUGGAAACCACCUUCCCCACGCUGUCACUGCGCUCUGUGGCACAGAGCCUUCCUGUCCAAAGGAUGAAUUACUGCUCUGCCAGGACCAGGCUCUUCUCAUUUCCUGCAGUAACCAUUGCCCAAGGUGGGCGAGCCCCAGAUUCCUUUCCUGCUGGAUGAGCAGUAACCCUGCAGGCACUGGGCAUUGCCCAGCAGUGCAGGCUGGGAACUCUUGCACCCCCCUGGUACCCCCAGGCCAGUGUGGUGUGUCCUGACAGGACAGCCCCGUGGGAGCUUUGCCAACUCCCUGGGACGGGUCCCUGGACCACACUCAGCAGUGCUUUCUCUAGUUAUUCAUUGCAUUGUUCCUUUGUCAGUUCUGACUUAUUUAAGAAAGGGGGAAAAGAACAAAAGGAAAGGUCUCUUCCAGCAGCAGCUUUGUGGAGAUGGCCCCUCAUUCCAUAGGCUGGAGCCUCGUGUGCAGUGGGAGCAGCUCCUCCUGUGUGUGGGAGGGGAUGAGGGGUGGAGGUGGAGCACUUUGUGCAACUCUGUCUGGUAGAUGUAAUGAACACCAUCACCUCCCCUUGACUUGGGAUCGCUCAAAAUUAGGCUUUAACUUUCAACUGCAAUGUGAUCCUCCAUGCAGCUACUGAAUAGUAAAGAAAUAAUCAAAGAAAUGCAUUAUUUAAACUGUCAUUACACUCCAAAAUGUGUAAGGCCACAUUUUAUUUAGAAAAGCCUGGCAACAGUAUCCUGAUUCUGUUUUAAUGGAAAGAACACCAGGCUGGGUGCUUAAGGCUUUCAGUCCAGCAGUAUUCUCUGCCUGCAAAGCACAGCUGGGUAACAGACCCAGACCUUAAUUUCCAUGUGUGUUUGUCCUGAAAUAAUUUCUAAAGUCUUUGAUGUUGCUGUUCACUGCACUUUUGGUGCCUUUUUCUUUGAUUUCCAGGUCUUUAUAGUGCAGAAACAAUUAUUUCCAAUAAGUAUCAACAGUGCCCAGCCUGGACACAGUUGCCACUGCAGCUUUGUGACCUAAUCCAGCUGUACUGUGGCUCUGAACACACGGGGGGGGGGGGGGGUGUCCUAAAAUGCUUCAGAAGAAUGGAAAUGCUGCUUCAUGAGUCAAACAAAAAGCCCUCCAUGAGUGAACUUUAGCUUCCACAGCCCUAGAGAUGACAAGUUAACGGAGCCAUUUGCACCAUGUGGGUAGGGAUUUACCCCAGCACUUCCCCUAAAUGUUAAUGAGAGCUGUGUGGCUGAAUCCCAGACUUGCCAUGCUGAAACCUACCCCGAACUCUCCAAGGAGAAGGGCGCUAAUUGGAUUGCUGAGUUCAAAUCCUUCAGCUCGUCGGUCUAUGGGAAGGAUUUAGCACUGCUCUGGAAAGGGCUUUGCAAAGCUUUGCAGUGCAGUGCAGGGGAAGAUUUUUCCCUUUCUUUCUUGUGAUUAAUUGUGAGGCUUGAGGUGACAGGAGACAUAAUGAAAUUCAUAAGUGCCAAAGGCCGUCCCUAGUCACAUUCCUGGCUGUUGGUUUAAGUUAGAAACUUGACAGAAGUGUGAACAAAUCAAGGUUGUUCUGAUAGCCUUUCAGUUACAGGGAAGAAAAAGUAACUGACAAUGAGAAACCACUGGAGGUGGUUUAAUGGGUAUAAAUUUUCAAGAAAGAGUGAUAUUUUGCACUGAUUCAAAUUCUUGGUUACAUAAAUGGCUUACAAACAGAUGUAUUCUGCCCCCACCACAGUUUGAGGGAUUCCAGUCCUUUUUCACAAGAGAUAAUGGCACAAGUUAUUUCAGCAACCUGCCAAAGAAAAGCUGUUGCAAAACCUGUAGCAGAACCCAAAGCAACUUGGUUCUGUGUCUUUGUUUGUGACUGGCCUUUUUCUGCUUGUUAUGGAUUUUAAAAAUCCUUCUCUGGAAAACAAAAUUUGCAGCUUAAACAGGUAGCAUUAGGAAUUAACCUGGGACUCUCUCUUCAGCCUGGAGACAGAUGCUCCGAGCUCCCUCCAUGCAGGUUUGAGUUCCAGUGUCAGGAGUGCUGUCCCGGGCCCUGCAGGUGUCAGCUCUGGGUGUACAGUGACCAGAGGCUGAUGCGCUGGUCCUUGGAGCCGGCUGCCAGCAGCCUCUCACGGGGGUUCCUGUGCUCCGAGAAGGACACACAGUGGACAGUUGCUGUGUGAUAGUCCAGCACUGCUAAGGGCUUCAGUUUUUUCCAGCCAAAGAUCCUGAUGCGAUGAUCCCACCCUGCUGUUGCUAAAAUCUUCUUGUCUGGACGGAUGGUGAUGUCAGAUAUGCCAGCAUUGACAAGUUCAUGUGUUUUGUAAACCUGGGUGAAAAAGUCACAACUGAGUUCCAAUUGUUCAAAACAGAAGAGAAAGAACCUUUUGGCACCUUAGCAGGUGUAGUGCCCACCCAUACACACCCGUGUCACACACAGUGUGGAGCUUUUCACCACGGGGGGAUGGUGUUUAGGGAGAACAACUGUAGACAGAGAUGGAAAACACCUUUACCUUGAGCCUUCCCACCUCCAGCACCAUUGUCUAAAAAUAAACCCUUUAUGUUUUUAGUUUAUUUUGCAUUGAAAUUUAUAUUCUGUCUCAAGUAAAGCUCUGAGUCAAGGUUUUGAGCACCAGACUACACAGCUGUGCCCUUCCAGCUAUUCUUGCAUGAGCUGCAAUGUUCAGAGCUAAGGCCAUAUAUUUUCCCUGCUUCUGCAAUAUUCCCAGGCUGAGAUUUGGAGCUGAUGAGUACCUGCUACUCAUUUCUACUACUGUGGCCCCCCAGAAAACCCCCACUAAGCUGUUAUAGCAUCUACCUCAGUCUUGAGAAAGGAAUGUUUCCAAGACUUGGGUUACAGUGUCAGGAAAUCUGUAUUUCUAGUACUCCUUCUGAAGAGACUUUUAUUUACACCAAAUUCCAAGAAGGGGGUUAUGACCAAGUUAUUGAUUUCAAUCUUGGGAGCCUUUUGUUGCUGUUUGGAGACUACUGGGGAACAAGUUUCUGAGGGGCACAAUUACACUGGAAGGCAUUGGGCUUCCUUCAGGAGGCACUGGGGCUGCAGAGGACUUAGCCCUCGGAAAGAAAAGUUUUCACUUCACUGACACAAGUUUCUCUUGAAGCGCAGAAAAAAAGCUUAAUAUAAUACGUUUGCUGCUCUCCCCUCAGGUAACUUGUAUCAGUGAGCACUCUGGCUCUGAGACACACACAGAAUGUGCACCCGUGGGUGUGGGGGUGUGUGUGUGUGUGUGUUGGAACAGCCCAGCUCUUGUCACAGUGGCAAAGGCACCUGUGGUGUGACCCUGGCCCAGAACCACAGUUAUUUAUCAGCACAGGUGGAAACGAUGUGUUUGUUUUGUCACUGUCUGUCUACUUAAGCCCGAGUCUGGAGCUGUCUUGUGCUAAAGCCCAAUAUCCUCCAGUGCCUGUUUUAAUACACUGUUGGUGUUUGCUGUUUGUCUCAGGUGGGAAGGGAUUGACAAGCACAUUCCAUGGGAGCAGCUUUCCCCCUUGAAGGACAUUCCACGAUACACAGUACAGGAUUACAGAGAACAAAUUAACUGCAGAUAACUUUAACCUUUACACUGGGCAUAGAAAACUCCAGAAAUGUUGGUCAAAGUUAGUUUCGGAUGCAGUUGAACAUAUCUGGAAUCUUACAGACACAAAGCCAUAAGCAAUUAUUUUUCAACUGUGUAACAACUGCCCUACUACAUACUCAAACAGAAGAAGUGUGCAGUUUGAUGAGAAAAAAGGCUAAAUGAAACUUGACAUGCUUCUUACUUGCUCCACACAUUCCUCUUUUAAAGAGAACCUGAAGAAUGUGUCUCCAACCAAUUCAGAAGAGGACAGCAAGUUUUGCUCAAGCCUAAUGAGCAGCAGGAGGCUGUAUGGGGGCCUUUUUGUGGGGCUGCCACUGUCAAACCUGUGUUUGGUUAGUGCUUGUGUUCCAAGCCCCCCAGGUUAGGCUCAUGCAGCACGGCCUCAGUGGAAUUUCUGUGGGCCUAAGUGUCCUGGGAAGGAAGGAUUUGUUCCUUCCCUCACUAGCCUGGCAGUGCCAGCUGGGCCUUGCUCUGGGAUUGUUGGCUAAUGGCUGCAGCCAGGCCCAGGUGUGGUGCUGCCAUCAUUCCUGGCAGUUCCUGGGCAGGAUCCACAGAGCACCAGGGAGACACAGCACUCAGCAAGCCACGGCUUGAACGGAGCCUGGCACGGCCCUGCCUGUGGCUGUGCAGCAGGAGGAACAGGGGGCAUUUGUGCAUGAUCUGCAAACACGGGAGCAAAGCAACGCCUUGCUCAAGGUAUAUGCAGCCAGGUGAAAUCCUAGUGCCAGCAUUUGUGCCAUCCAGGGACUUACUACACUAAGUCACUAACUACAGUAGUCUAAUGCAUACCAACAUCAUUCCCUAACCAGAAAACCAGCUUGUAAUUAAGAAAACAAAGAGGUAAAAACAGGUGAGCUGCUUUCAGCCAGUCAUGCCCAAGGACACCUGCAUCUACACCCAAAGCAUGUCUUUAAGCCCUCUGCUUAUUAGAAAAAUAGCCAAAUAGCAGCAGCCUAAGCUUUAGUGUUUGGGGGAAAAGCCUCAGCAACCAAACUAACAAAACUUACAUUACAUCUUAUAGAACUUUUUUUCUUGUCAUAUAUAAAGGAGCUUCUGUGGUUAUCAGAUUUCUUAGUUCUGCUUUGUUUAUUCACCUGCAGAAGCUGUUUACCUCCUACAUUCUAUCACAAACAUCAUCACAUAAUUACACUAUCUCCUCCAAAUCAGAAGGCUCAUAACCAAUCCCGGCAUUUGCUGACAGUGAUGAUUUCAGCAACUUUCCUGUAGAAGACAAUACCCCAAACUUUCCCCAUAGCAAUAAACUGUGCAGUUACCUUCAUCAUCUCCUCAUUGACACACUGGAACAUUGCCACUUCAAACAGAGCUGAGCACCAUCAUUGCAUCAUUAUUUCUGCACCGGCAGAUAGCUCUGCCCCGCGUUCACUUAUUAAAACCUCUUAGAAUAAAAAUAAUGUGCCACUGAGUGGCUUUCCAACGUCUACCAUUACCUCAGGUACCUGGAAUGUCAGGGAAAAAAAUCCCCAUCUGGUUUAUAUUAUUAAUGCAAUAGUGGAAAAAAACUUAAUCUAUGUCCUUGACAAUCUCUAGUUCUCCUAUGAAAGAUGCAUUUUAUUAGGGCAUUCAUACUCGCAUGGAGCACAGGAACAUUGCUUGGAGCUUAUAAUACUUGACAUUUAAAUUUCUUCUGAGAAAAGCUACUAUCUCUGUGUGAGCUGCUGAGGGUGUAACUAAUCCUGCAUCUCCUGGGAAUGUGAAUACCUGAUGAAAAACAAUACCUGGAACAUUUCAGGUGAACAACUGCUUUUCCCAUGAGUUGUACCUGUAGCCCUCCAUUAGGGUUAACUCAUAACUGGAAUGCGCUGUGAAGAACAAUAUUUCCUUUGAAUUAGGAAAAAGUUAUGCUAUAAUUAAUAUGAAGGAACGACCUCCUCUCCAGCACCAGAGUAUCUGAAGCUUUAAGAAGGCUGUCUUGGUGUCAGAUUCCUGACACCUUGGCCUUAGAGAACUAGUCUCAAUACCAAGCUUCUUACUGGGAUUGCUCACCUUCCUUCCCCUUCCCUGAGCUAAGGACACCACGUGCAGAUGGUGACAGUAGUGGCAGAAAGGCUGGGCAAAGAUCACCAAAAAACCCAACAAACCCAAACCAUGGCAACUGUGCCCCAGCCUUGUGGCUCAGAACACCUUCCAGCCUGUUCCAAGCCCGAGUGCCCCGUUCCCUGCUGUGCUGCAGGUUCAGUGAGCUCAGACCCUGCUGGGCCGGGGCCGUGUCCCCACACUGCCCCACACGCUCUGCCCCAGCAGCUGGCUCUGUGGGGAUGCCUUGCAGACUCCACACCUUUGUAGUGACCCCUUGGUGAUGAGUCAGUGCUGGAUGGCCCAGCAUGUGCUUUUCUUCCUGUAGCACCAUUCAGAAAACAGCACUAACUUGCUGCAUUACCUACAAAAAUCUCCAUAAAAGCUGCAACGUGGCUGGAACAGCCAUUACUGUUCUCCCAUGAACUGGUGCAUCCACAGCUCUCUUCUCCAGGAUGGUGUGGGGCACACAGGGUCCUUCCCCUUGUUCAUGGGACAACUGCCACUUUAAAGAGGGAUGCUUUGGCUGUUGUUCAUGAGCCUUUAUUUAUGCGCUUCAUUUCCACCCCUGGGUAAAUCCUGCUUGCCCCUUGGCACUGCUGGAUCACCUGCUAAGGUUGCCUAGAUACCAGCAGUGUUUAUGGCCAUUCACUGAACUGGUGUCUCCUCCUAAACCAGCCUCUCCAGGUGUGUCACUGGGCACAAACUGGUGCACCAACUGCCUGAUGUUGUGUCUCUGUGGGGCUCCGUAGGUGCCAAAGGAAGGUGGCUGCCUGAGCCUCUUGUCCUCUUGGUGCCUCUUGGGCUACUCCUACUCUUUUUUCUGUGAAGUAUUUCAUGGAAUACUUCUGUCUUUCCCACAGUGGAAAGAAAGCUCUAGCCAUUCAAGCAGAACCUUUGGAAAAGCAAUCCUUUGUUUCUCAUUUUUGUAACUCAUUUAUAAUGUUUAGGGCAUUCCGAGAGCUCGAUACUACUAACGUGAUAAAUGAAGAUACAGAGGCAAUGGCUUGAGUAAUGCUAGGCCUGUGUGCCUGUUGCAACUUUGGUAAAACCAGAAACAUGUGAGAGAGGGGUUUUUUUCUUUUUUUUCUAAAUCCUCACCAUCUUUUGCUAAGUCUGGUCACAUAGCACAGACAUUCUAACCAGUCUGUGAUUAAUUAGCUAGAGAUCUGCAACAACUCCUCUUCAUGACUAAAUAUUUUUUUAGUCUAUCAAACUGUUAGUGCAGAGUGGGAUAAAUGACACUAGAGGGCCAGUGAUGCUGACCUGGAGGUUCUGUUGCUCAUUGAGGCUCCAGAUGCAAAGCACCUUUUCAGAUGAGCCCGAGAUCCCCUUGGUCCUCUCCGAGUCAAAGUCGAGGCUCAUCACUGGCUCCUGGUGGCAAAUGAGUUGGCUCAACGCUUUUCCCAUUGUCACAUUCCAGAGGACCACUGAUCCAUCUUCAUAGCCAGCCAGAAGCAAGGGUUGGGAACCACAGCUGAGCUGAUCGAGGAAAAAGUAAAAUUGUUUGAGAAGUAAAUAGUCUGUUAGGAAAAUUACCAUCCCGAGGUAGGUUCCAGUCCAAGCACCAAGAGAAUAAAUGAAAAUGCUGACUGAGUAGAAGUGAUAAAGUGUUUAGGAGUGUGAAUGUCAAAUCCUGAGAGUCCAUCCACUUACAGAAGGCAGUACUAGGUACUAUGAACUUAUGGGGGGUUUAGAUUAAAUUCUAAAUUUUAUAUAUAUAAUAUAUAUCUAACGUACACACACACAUAUAUACACACAGAUAUAGAAAAUUUCUCUCUGAAAAUCCAAACUAUUGCCCUCUGCAACACCUGAAAAGAGGCUGCCUGAAGUUCUCAGGAGCUUUACUUCAUGGUCUGAACUUUGUCUGCACUUCUUAAAGAAAAUUCUGCAGAGUAACGGAGUUCCUGUCAAGCACUGCAGCCCUCGUGGGCACUGACAGAAGUGCCAUGCCAAGGAUUGCAGUCCCACACUGCCAGGGGCAGGGUUAUACAGGGGGAUCCUGUGCUCCAAGGAAAACACUGAACACUGAGGCACCAAGGGGUUAAUGGGCCCCCAGUCCUACUGUAACCAAUUGAAAGCUCUUUUGAUUAAUGAUGUCACAGGCCAAAGGCCACGGCACCCUGGGCAGACACCUAAUUUAUUUAAGCCUCUGAAAUAACUCAAAGAAGGGAACAUUACUGGAUUACGUGUCACACUUAAGGAAAAUAUUCAUCAUUGCUCCAGCCAAAAGACUAAUGAUGCCGUGAGCAGUGACUGGUUACAAGAGUGAAGAUGCAAAUCCCCAAUGAAAAGCAACUAAAAAUGAGGCAUCUGUUAAUGCCAGUUAUUUCUUCAAUAGGAGAAGAAACAUCAAAAUAGACACUGGGACUCUGGCCACCUCAUGUAGGCACAUCUAAGAAAUGUAUCCAAUAGGCUGUUCAGAUCCUUCCAAACACUGUCUGCUCCCACAGGAUUUGUUUACUCAGUAUUCAGUUCAAAACAAAGGUAAAGGACAUAAAGAAUUCAUUUUUACCAGUAUGACAUUACUGACUGAGGUCAAGCUCGCUGGCUGUCAGUGCCAUGACACAAACCUGCGGUGGCCAAAGGCUCACUGCCUCAUUUGUGGUCCACACUGUUCUCCCACUGCUUCUUAUUUGUCCUGGGGGGAGUUAAACAGCUCUGGUAACAGCCUCAUGUGCUUCCUCACCUCAUUCAGCCCAGGGGAGUGUUUGAAUGAGGAAAGGAUCUCACUGAGCAGGGAAGAACUGUUGCCCCUUAAGAGCAGGGAACCAAGGGGAAAUCCUUGGAAAUGUAGGAAAUCCCCUACAUCAUCCUUCUGAAGGGGUCUGUCCACACCUGGGAUCAUGCAGGAACCUCCUUCUUUCUUUUCAGACCCCUUUUCCUUUGAAAAGGUAGGGAGCAUGCUCUGGCUAGAAAGGCCCACAAAGCAGGUCUCUCAUAGUGCCCAGAACUGUGAACAAUUUUUCUGUCAAAUUUUUGAUUUACUAAAAUAAUAUAACAUCAGAGCAAUGAAUAUAUGUCAAAUACAUGUGAAUUAAUGUUAACUCAUCAGGUAUUUGGAUCUGCUUUUUCAUACCAAGGAAAAGUUAAAAAAUUUGAAUUAAAUGAACAUUCCAGAUUUUAUUUAUAUUUAAUAAACGAUAAAACCUUCAAGGCAAAACAAAGUAUUUCACAGGUACUUUUAAGUUUAAAAAAAGCCCCGAGUUUAAGCAUAAAAAAGCUCCACAAUUAUUUGUGCUGCUCUUCUGUCAUUAGCCAGUGAAAUGUGGUAUGGAGGGGCAGGGUUGGCUCCUCUCCCUACUCCAAACAGCCCUCAUGGAGCUCAGGGCCCUCGUGCAGAUGGAGACACAGGUGAGUGCUCAGCAUUUCCAGAAAUGCCAAGCAAAAAUAUUUUUUUUGUGUUGUGGGUAUCUCAGCUUAGAUUUGAAAACCAGUAAUUUGCAAGUGAGAUCUAAGAUUGGUCUAUUUUAAAAACCAAGUACUGUCUCCUGUGAAAUGAAAGUCUCCCACACUGCUUCUUCCUGACUUUGCUAACCACAUGAAGUGUAAUAUUUCAAUGAGUACAUGAACUUGAGCAAUAAAAGCUCUGGAAAGCUCAGGGGAGAUCUCAGGCUGAGACCUCAGCAGGCUCCCCUCACAGCCCUGUUCAUCGCAGUUCCAGGGAUGGACACUGCUGGAGACGUCUCACCGUGCGUGUCCUGUGCCAGUAGGAAAGUUCAAUUAUAAAUCAUUGCUCUUGCUAAGCAGAACAUCUUGUUGUUGCAUUUGGAUAAGUGUCAAGGAAGGAAGAAAAGGUGAUCUGCUGUCAACUCAACAGGAAUAAUUGCCACAGUUUAUAUAAAGUAAUAACUCGGCGUUUCCAGUUUCGACAUGUAUUCUGCUCGUUGAAUUAUUUUGUUUGCACCAUUACGCAACACGAUGCCUUCCCCAAGGAGAGCACAAAAUUUAAGGGAAGACUGUCCUUACUCCUGCAAAUCCUACUCCACCCAAUUAGUAAUAGCAGGAAGGUGUGAAACGGAAGGGACACUGUAUUUAAGAAUAUAAAUCUUCACAAGAAAAAACUUACUGAAUGAACUAGUAUGUUUAAGGAUAGACCUAGAAAAAUAGGGGAGAAAGUGCUCAAAACGACCCAAAUAAACAGCUUGAAGCAUUUUGAUUGCUUAGGGGAAGCCUGCCCUGAGCCUUGGUUGCCUUGUGCUGUGCAGAGCAGUCCCUCGUUCCCGCUGGCUGUGGUGUCCCUGAGCUCAGCCUUGGCUCCCUGGCACACAGGAUGGUCCCUGCCUGCAGCCCCAGCUCUCCCUGGCCAGCCACCCCAGCAGAAUUCCUUCAGACCAUCCUGGGGCUCUCUCCCUGUCAGCCUCUGUUCCAACUUGUUCAUUCCCUGUGCCCUCACCAACACCAAACAGUCUCUCAGGCACCCCCUGGAGUGCCCAUCCCGCGGGUCCGUCUGCACUGCCCAGCCCAGCUGUGUGCAGAGAUCCUGCUCAGGAGGGGCUGAGCCCCUGCUCUGCUCUUCUGUGCUGACAGGGCUGCUCAGAGAGCCACUUCAGUGCCACCACAAACUGAAUGCAGAGCAUCACUCUGGUACCCCACAUGGAAUUAUUUGCCCUUAAGGGUGUCCUGCUCCCCACGCUUUCAAACCAAGUUGCACACAUUUGUAAAAGAGCAGACACAGCUGUGAGACUGUCAGGGAUUAGCUGUACUUGCCUGGUGCAGUCUAGGAAGUUAUGGUGAGUUCUCAGAGUCAGAAUCUGCAUGGAAUAAUUUACCUCUCCCAGUUCCCAGUUCUCUGCUUUAUCCCCACUGGCAACAAAAUUAAAAACUACAUGAAAUUAAGACUCUGCACCUGCUCUGUUUCCUAGAGGAAUAGCAAUAUUAAUGCAUGCAGAAAAUAUGGCAAGACAGAGGACUUCUUAUACAGGCAACAAAAUUUUCAACACUGAACAUUUCCUCAGUUAUCUCCAUCUUAUUAAAAAAUGUCCAGGAGACAGAAAGCCCCAUUCAUUUCAUUGAGCACUGAACACUGACUGCAUUUUUAGGAGAAACUUUGUUUAAUAAAAGCCUAAUCAGCCUAUUUAAUUUUCCUUCAAUUUUUUUCCUAGUCUUUAAUUACAGCAUGGGACUUGAACAGUGGCCUCUCCUACUUUUGUCUGACGUCAGCAAAUGAAUUCCUCUAGAUUUCAGUUGGUUCAGGACUUUGAGUGAAGACACUAAGGCCUCAAACUCUGAUUGAGAAUGUUUUCACCUGAAACCAACACAAAUGUUGAGAUGAGCCUGCAGGAACUACACAUUUGGCAUCAGCGUGGAUGGUCCUGCAGACCACAGUGUGUGGUCAGGGGGUUAAAUGGGAAUCAGCUUUGCCACCAAUUCUUUGGAGAUUUAGAGCCAAUCACUUCAACUCCUUCCUCCCUCUACUGCCACCUUUUUCUAUUACUUGUCAUUCACUGUUGGCAGCCCAUAAACAUUAUUGGCUAAAUAUUCUGCAAAUAUGGUUUUUUUUCACUAACUGCUUUUAUUUACCUUUUUGCCCAAAGUCAGUACCACCAUAAAUAUUUUGUUCCUAUUGUAUGUCUGGAAUAGAAAUGUUCAUAGAGUGCUUCCUUGUCCUGAGGGCAUUGAAGUGAAUGUAAUCUGCCAUUAAAAUCACAGUUUUCAGGCAACCCAGUCAUUUCUCAUCAUUCUUAAUGCAGUGAGAAACCAUAUCAAACAAGUGGCUUUGGUAAGUCAUUCAUUUUCCUCUUGAUUGAUGCAAAAAGUGUAUCUAUCCUAAGGAUAUAAAGCUUUCCCCGAGCAUUUGCAAAUCUUCCAUUAAAGCUUGGAAAGCUCUGAAAGUUACAUUAAGGAUGUUCACAAAUCUUUCCCCCCUUUAAUAGUAUAAUUACUUGAUUGGUUUGAUAAUAAAUCAAAAUCCAAGUGAAGAAAGAUUCAUGUGCUUCAUAUAAAAUGAAUCACAGGGAAAACAUUUCACAAUUAGCAGGCACUCUCGCCUUACCUGCCAUAACUUCAGACACAUGGGCAUGCCCAGCUUGGCACCCACCUCUGGCUUCAAGGUACAGACUGACGUCUUGGAUGGCAGCUCCAAAACCUGAACCUGACAUCAGGAAAACAAGAGGAGUUGGUCAGGCUCCAGGUCAAAAUUCUGCUCUUAAAAACACGAGUCUUUUAAGGUGAUUAAGGUUAGUAUAAGCUCCUCCAGUAAAAACUGUCUGCAGGAAGAUGAGGAAUGCAUGCUAAGUUGGAGCUGUAGGGGAAUCUCCAGCUCUCUAAAGAAGUGCAUUGUUUUAGGAACAGAGCGAGCACAUCCUCUUCUCCACUCCUCCAGUUCAUCUGCAUUACAGUCUUCUUUCCAAACAGUAGAUGACACGUGCACACGACAGAUAACACUGCAGACUGCUUAAACUGAGAACAUAGCCCUGCUUCCUUUCUCCUUUUUCCCUCUCUGUUGCUAAUUUUUUGGCUGUGUUCCCCUCUGGACACUUGCAUUCUCUGCUCUGUGCUGUUGUGGUAACACAGAAGUAGAGGCAGUGUGUGUAUGCCAGGAGGAUGUUUUAUUUCCUGCCGACUGCACUGACAAAGCUUAGCCCAGGCUCACUGGGCUCCCCGGCUGCAGCAGCGUCAGCACACAGGUAUUUUUAACACAGUGUUGUCUGACCCUGUUCAAAGCAGGCUCAGACAAUGCUGUGUUAAACACCUGCUCUCUCUACAGAGCAGCUUCCCCUGUUGCUUGCACUGAUGGUAAUGAAUUACGGAUCUAGUGUUUUUCUGGAUUUUUUUUUAAACAUUGGGCAAGUCAUUCCUCUGCCAAGGAAGAAGCUCAUUUCCACCUCAGGAUGAUGGCAGGCCUUUUCUGUUUGGCACUGGAAGGUUUUGAGUCUUGACUGACGUGGCAGUGCCUCAGCUCUGGGCUGGUUCUCAAGCCUGGAACUAUGAAGAAAUAGAAGCUCUUGAGUAUCAAAACCUUGCUGCCAGAAACAUGGCUGUUUCUCAAACACACCCCUAAUCACCAAGGUGAUCUUUUCUUUUAAUUAAGUAAACAAUGGUCUGCAUUAUGUUGUAAAAUUAAACGACUUGAACCGCUUGGUAAAUGAGCACCCGGCCGUCCUGGGCCCUUUCGGAAGGGGCAGGAGCCCGGCGGCGCUGCCGGACGGCCCCGGGGCGGAACCUCCCGGGGCAUCGGAGGAGCUGCUCCACAAACACGGCUCCGCGGGGAGCCAUCAAUCACGACCACGGCAGCUGCGAUGGUUUCCAAUCCCAUCCCUUUAGUUCAAAGCCUGCCAGAACAUCUUCCUCUUUCUGGAGGCUGUGAGCCAGCCUGCCAGCAGCCAGCUGCUCUCGAGGACUGCGGCACCGCACUCGGCACACACCGCACUCGGCACACACCGCGCUCCCAGAGCCUCGGGGCCAGAGCAGGAAACUUCCCCACGCUGGAGGAGCAGUGACUACAGCCAAGAGCCAUCCAGUCUGCAGCCAAACCUGGAACAGCCCAAAGGCUCAUCAGCUGGGAAUUCUGGUUCUUUGGAGCUACACUCUUAACAAAAGAUGCUUUUCUCUUGGCAACUUUCUUGCUAUCAACAUAAUAACCAAGUUAGCUGUGGCAGGAAAUGGGCUGUAAAUAUGAGGAUGACCUGCCCUCAUCUUGCAUCUUUCAUCACUGUCUCUCCAAAGGGCAUUGCCUCCUAGGCAAGACUGAAACUGCAACUGCGACGUAAUGAGGAAGGGUAAGUGUGGUGUGAUAAAUGCACUUCUGCAGGUUAAAAGGAAAAAACCUUCGCUCUACCUUGACUGAAAACAGAUGAACUGGUACGAAGGCCACAGUUGGGCUUGCAAAGGCCAAAGAAAACCCAGUGAGCAAAGCUUUGUGCAGAAGGCAGGCAGGCAUGAGCUGCUGCCUCUGCUGGACUGACAGUUCCAGAGGCUGUCUGCAUUAAAAGUAACUGAGCCUUAGAAAUAAAUACUAUUUCAUAUAUUUUGACAACUGUAACCUAAAACUUGAAGUGCUGUGUUUAUGUUGGUUUUGCUUAAUAGAAGAAAGAUUUGCCUUUGCCUGAGGUUAAUAGUGUUCCUGGGUGGCUAAAACUGGCCACAAGGAAACACACCCUUUUUCUUUUUCACAUUAAUAAAGCUUUUAACAUGUUUCUGGCAAAUUGGCAAGAAAAGUGCGUGUAACUCAUAAUUGGUGAUUUAAAUGCAAUCAUGAACAAAUAAAUGCCUGUUCAGAUCUCAUUAUUUAUGGACUGAACCUGCUUUAAGACAAAAUUACUCUUUUUUUGGGCACCAGCCAAGCAUAAACACUUAUUAAGUCUUAAUUUUAAUCAUAAGCUGGAAAUGUACUGCAUCUCACACAGUGCUGCCUAUUUGGAAGGACUGUAUAUUAUGGGAGCUCCUGUGAAUUUAUGGAAACGUGACACAGUUCUAGUGCAAGGGGCACACCCAGAGUGGGACUCUUCUACCUGAGGAGACAGCAAAUGAUCCUCCCCUGCAGGGCCCAAGCAAACAAAUGAGAACAAACCAGGGAUGAGUUGUGAGCGAGCCUGGGGUGUCCUCUUUGGGUCAGAUGAGUAUUUAAUCUUUACCGCAAAGUGCACUUGCCAGUUUUGUUUAACUGAUACAUUAUUGAGCAAAAUGGAGGGAGUUCUUUGAUCAGAACAAGGGAUGGCACAGGGUGGUUGUACUUACUGGUGCAGUGGUUGUGUCUGCAGGCUUACUCAGUGCUGUGAAAGGCUGAACAAUCUGGCUGUGAGCCAGCAAAGUACUUAAAUAUGUGCUUAACUUCUGAAUAAUAAAGAGUUCAUAUUUUCUUGCAAUACAGGCACUUAUUAGUUCAUGUGUAUAAAAUAUGCAACUUUUAGUUUCAAGAUACAGACCAGAAAAGCAUCUGAACUUUUAUGCUCAUCAACAAGUUGUAGUGAGCUACAAUAUUUCUUUUCAUAUUUAUGCCACUUUUUUGGUAUUUUGAUGUCAAGUAUUUGAAAUAAUUUCUUUUAAUAUGAUGUCCUCAAAACAGUCCUUUGUAGAAAACAAAGCUAUGAUUUCUACAAAGCAGAAGUGGAAGUUGCCAACAAAGCUGUCAGUCAGUGAGUACAGUGCCAGUGGUAUUAGAUGUGGACAUUUCAGUAGGAACUGAAACCGACCCUGCAAUUAUCUCACACUGAGCAAACCUCUGGCCACUAAUCGUAAUUCAACUGUUUCCAGCCCCAGUCCCAGGGAAGGAAUUAGCCCGGGGUGAAAGGCCCCGGAUCACGUUACAAAUGAGCCCCUCCCCUGCUCAGAGGGGAGCUGAGCACCUCCACCUGAUGGCAGACCUGCUGACCAGGAGUUCCCCACAAAGACUCCUGUCCCCAGUAUCCAGCAGCACCAGAAGAGUUUUCAAAACUCCUGCAUGUGAAGACCAGCAGUCGCUGCAAAUACUUAAGUGUCAGACAAACCUCGGGCUGGUGUCCCUGUCAUUAGAGCAGGAGUUAUAGAAUUCAGUCAUCUUUGUGGCAGUAAAAUUAGUGAUUAGAACCCCAAAGAUUUCUUGUGCUGCCCUCUCUUGAGCAGAGAAUUCGAGAGCUCCCCUCCUGAACGAUGUCAUUUCAGUAACAAAGGCAACCUCCCAAGCACCAGGAAAAGAGACAGGUCCUACCUCCUGCAGGCCUUUGGCUGCCGUGGCCAUCAGCCAGCGUCCCUGUGCCAGCUGCACCAGAGAGCACCUGCAGAAUCCCACGUGCUCCGUGCAGACAGAGUCCGUCACCGAGGUCCGGCCCUCUGCUAAAUCCCACAGGCAGAUCCUCUGGUCCCGACCCUGGCUGUGACAGUGACACACACAUCUGUGAGCUGCAGGUCCCAGAGCCCUCUGCCUGCAGGGCAGCAGCUCAAACUGAGGCUGGCCCAGGCAGGAGUGCACUGAGCUCAGUGCAGCUGGGGGGUGUUAAUGGGGUCUGUAAUUAACGGGGUCCCUUCUGCAGAACUGGCCGGGAGGAGGGAGGGCCCGAGAGCCGGACAGACACCCUGCAGUCCCAGCGGGCUGUUGCCAUGUGGAGAGAGGCUUGAGCGAGCCCAGUUAUGCUAUUUAUGUGUAUGCAUGUAUUUAUAAAGUCUCAUGAGCAUUUGAACAUAUUCACAAUAAAAAGAUUUAUAUUUUACCAUUAAUCAGAUCUAAUUUAAAAGGAAACAAAAGUACCCAGAGAGCCACACGUGUAACACUCGUUCACCCUAGCAAUGAAAUGGAAAUGUCAUGUGUUGACAGCUGAAAGACAAGCAGCAAGACAACACAGACGGUGUCAGAGAUAAAUAAAAAGCUAAGUUAUUCAGUGGGCAAUGUCCCACAGGCACAGGGAGGGCAGAGAGGGCUGGUGGGACUGCCACGUGUGGAGACACGACAGGAGAGGGACUGGCAGCAAUUAAACACCAAAUGUUGAAUGCUGUGGCUCAAACACCCCCCUGAGCCCUGAGGUACAAGUGCAGCUCACUCUGACUGGGCACAGCCCUCGGGGGCUCUCCCAGCCCAGGAGCCCAAAGGGCACAGCAGGAAUUGCUGCAGGGUUCUGGGAUCCCACUGCCUCUGGAACAAGGUACUGCUGUGGAGAAACUUCCAGUCCAUAAACUACAGGAGCACAGGGCAUAUGUCCUCAUGCUACCCCUGGGCCAAGGAGUCACCAAAAAUCCCUUCUCCAUGUGUUACUUUAAUUAACUGGAUCACCUGAUGAAGUAUGAAACCAAAACAGAGGAGAUGUGAAUCUGCAGACCGUUGGGACUUCUUCAGUCAAUACAGAAACUCCCACCUACUGUUCAGCUGAGUGACAAGCUGACACAACAUUUACAGCACUGGGAAUACAAACAAUGUGGUGCUGCAAGAAAUUGUUGUGAUUUAGCUUUAGAAGAGAGAAAUCCAAAAUACAGGUACCUGCUGUCCUAAAAUUGCACUGCUAUAUGAACUGUUCUAACUAUACAGCAGAAAUAGAGGUAUGGAAGAACUCUAUAAUUAUAUGAACAAUGUUCAUUCAAUAUCAUUUUAUGGGGAAGAGUGUUGAGAAUUGUACCUAGGCAGAUAAGAAAUAUAAAUGCUAAUGAGUUCCACGUA